AUAGGAGCUGAGACUUGAUCUUGUCACCCACAAGUUAGGUAGCUACUAGAGAGAGAAAGAGAAAGAGAUGGCUCUAUUGGAAGCUAAGCCCACUUUGAGCAGUAUUGGCACUACCACAAUUAGUGUGUUCGAAACUGGGGAGUAUGAAGUGAACAGCAUAACUGUGGAAAGUAGAGGUUCAUCCAUCGAUUCUCCACCUCCCAAGUCAUUGCUAAUAUUCACACCAGUGAAAGCAGGCACUUACCCAGUUCUCCACUUUCUUCAUGGCUUCGCUCUCUACAAUUCUUUCUACUCAGACCUCCUCACACAUAUAGCUUCCCAUGGUUAUAUAGCUAUUGCCCCCCAGCUAUACAACCCCAUAUGGCCCUGGGAUUCCGGCUACGACGAGAUAAAUUCGGCGGCUGCGGUAACAAACUGGUUUUCUCAAGGCCUGAAAUUGGUGCUCCCUGAAAAGGUUGAAGCAGACCUCACCAAGCUUGCCCUUGCAGGCCAUAGCAGAGGAGGCAAAGCUGCUUUUGCUCUUGCACUAGGCACCUAUGCCCAGACGUUGAUUAGCUUUUCUGUGUUAAUAGGCAUAGACCCUGUUGCAGGUGAAAAUAAAGAUAAUCAACUGCCCCCAGAAAUCCUUACCUCCCAAGAACAAUCUCUCAAUCUUGGGAUCCCUGUGAUGGUGGUGGGAACAGGGCUGGGAUGUAAACAGGCGGGUUUAUUGACCCCACCUUGUGCCCCUACCGGAGUGAAUCAUGAGGAGUUCUUCAAGGAAUCUAAGCCCACUCGGGGCCAUAUGGUGGUUACUGAUUAUGGUCACAUGGACAUGCUGAAUGAUAAUCCUCCGGGCAUUAUUGGCCAGGUUUCAGGGAUUAUGUGCAAGAAUGGCAAAGGUUCUAGGGACGUAAUGAGAAAAUGUGUUGGUGGGAUUGUUGUUGCAACCAUUAAAGCUUAUGUGGAGAAAGAUGCUACAGUUCUCAAAGCCAUAAUCGAUGACCCAACCAUUGCUCCUACCACUCUUGAUCCAAUUGUGUUAGAUGAAGCAUAAGGUCUUUCUUCCUUAAUAAUUGAGUCCUCUAUAAUAAUGUAAUGCAUGGUUUCUGUUAUAUGCAUGGGUAGUUAUUAUUCUAUGUACUUGUUUUAUUUUAUGUCUUUAGUAGUCAUCCAAGGUGGAGUAUAGGUGUUGUGGGUAUAUCACAUAGUUAUGUAACUUCUAAUGUGAACAUGAGAAGUGGUUGUAAGAGUUUGUAUCUGUUUACAACUUGUUUACUGCUUAUUUAAGAGGUGUAAAGAGGAAUAAGAACUGUGUGAUAUAUAUGUUAA